GUGUGUGUGUGUUACAGGGACAGGGAGUGUGUGUGUUGGAGGCUGGCAGAGGGAUUAUGACUCCUCGUCAUCACCAAGGUUUUGCAAAGUUUGUGCUGGAUCCAGUUUCACAUGUCCUCAUAUAUACCUGUGUCUGCCUGUGAUCUUGCCAAGUGCUGCAGACACGUUGUGCCGGUUGUCUCUGCUCCUCCACGGACUGUCAGGUUAACAUUCGUUGAGAAGCAUGGCUGUAAAAUCGCUGCUCAAUGGAACCUUGGUGGAGAAGUCCUUCUUCAGCCCCAAUGAGAGGCAGUUUGCCUCUGCCCCCAACUGUUCCAUGAAUCUGCCAACUCUCACCUCCUCUGGAGUUAUCCGAGUGUCUGUCACCUUCAUCCUUUUAAUCUUCUCAGUCAGCAGCAACGUGACGUUCCUGGUGAUCCAACGCAGGAAGAGAGCAUCGCGCCUCAAGUUGCUGCUCCACAAUCUGAUGGCUGCCAACUUGGUGGAGACGCUGGUAGUCAUGCCAAUGGAUGGUGCGUGGAAUAUCACCGUGCAGUGGGUCGGUGGCCAGUUCCUCUGCAAGGCCCUGAACUUCCUCAAGCUAUUCUCCAUGUACUGUCCUGCACUCAUGAUGGUGCUGAUCAGCCUGGACCGAUACCUGGUCAUCACCAAACCCUUGGCAAGCAGGGCGGCAGGGCUCCACACUGGCAAGUACAUCAUCGCUACCACCUGGCUCCUCAGUCUGCUCUUGGCUUUGCCUCAGCUAUGGCUCUUCAAAAUGCUCCACUACACAGAACCCUGCACCUUCUCACAGUGUGCGACCCUCGAUAGCUUUCAGGGGCAAUGGGACCAGACAGUCUACAACUUCUUCACCUUCGCGUUCCUCUUCAUUGUCCCGCUGUUCAUCAUGUUGAUCUGUAACUUCAAAAUCAUCAUUGAGAUGACAAAAUGGCUGCGUCCAAAUGCCAACCAGAUCGAUCUGAAGCAGACAAGGAACGGAAUUCCAAAAGCUCGCAUGAAAAUAAUGAAAAUGACCAUUGCUUUUAUCAUUUCUUUCAUGAUCUGCUGGACUCCGUACUACCUGCUGGGAAUCUGGCAUUGGUUUGACCCAGAACUCCACAACAAGUUGCCUGAGCCAGUCAAUCACUUCUUAUUUGUCUUUGGGUUACUAAAUCCAUGCAUUGACCCACUGAUCUAUGCAUAUUUUUCUUAAUUCAUUCUCAAAUAUGACGCUUAUCUUUCUGUUGUGUAUUGUUGACUGUGACAGAUGUUAAUGCUAGCUGAAUCGCAGACCCCUAGUGUGGAAGAAAUUAAUUUAGAGGGAAAUUAAAGGAAAAUUAGACUUU